AUGGCCUUGCCAAGCGAGGCAAGGACGCUGACAUGUGAGGGUUUAAAAUUCUGGUUAGGAUACUCAAGAAGAUCGCCGCCACUCGACGGCCAUAUAGGCAUCUACAGUCUACUGGUGGGUAAGAUUACAACAGGCAGUAGUAGUCAGCUAUCAGCAAAGUCAACACUCAGCACUGAUACAAGGUGGCCUCGCUUCGCGCAGGAGCCUCGCUUAGUGCUUGGCGCGGAAGCCUCUCCAAGCACCGACAGCCUCACCCGCCUUCGUCGGCAGCCUCACCAGUGGAGAAGAGGAGCCCGGUGGAGAAGGAGCGAGAGGGGGCCACUGGUGGAUGAGAAGAGGAGGGAGUGCGCUGGAUCUCGGAUGAAGAGAAGAGGAGGGAGGGUGCCGGCCUCCUUGUCGAUGCGCGGGCCGCAUCCGCUCCGCCAACUCCCGCGCUCGGCAUCUCUGGAUGGGGCCGGGCCUGUCCUCUCCAGUGAUGAAGAGGAGGGGCGUCAGUGGAGGAGAAGGGAAGGGGGCCGCGGGUGGAGGAGAGGGUCAGGGAGAGCGCUGGAUCUCGGCAAAGGAAGCGACGAUGGAGGCUGCCGGACUCCCGCCGGCAGAGGAGAAGAUGAGAGGGCUGCCGGCGGCGAUGGAGAUGGGCAGCUGGGUGCUGGCCGUGGGGGUGGGGACGAGCGCGGUGGUGGGGGUGGACCGGUGGAGACUGGAGAGUGGAGACAGGCGCUGAGAAGUGGGAGGAAGGGGAUGAGAGCGAGCCAGCGAAGGGAGCAAGGCACAUGGGAGUGGCAGUGGCCAGUGGAAUAG